AUGAUCAUAAUCUACCUCCUACUGGUGGUCUACAUCAUCAUAGUCUACCUCCUACUGGUGGUCUACAUUGGCAUGAUUUUCCUUAUUCUGGUGGUCUACAUAAUCAUAAUCUACCUCAUACUGGUUUUCUGCAUCAUCAGAAUCAUCCUACUACUGGUGGUGUACAUGAUCUUAAUCUACCUAAUACUGGUGGUCUACAUGAUCAGAAUCUACCUCCUACUGGUGGUCUACAUUAUCAUAAUCUACCUUAUACUGGUGGUCCACAUGAUCAUAAUCUACCUCAUACUGGGGGUCUACAUUAUCAUAGUCUACCUCCUACUGGUGGUCUACAUUGGCAUAAUCUACCUCCUACUGGAGGUCUACAUUGGCAUAAUCUACCUAAUACUGGUGGUCUACAUUACCAUAAUCUACUUCAUACUGGUGGUCUACAUUACCAUAAUCUACCUAAUACUGGUGGUCUACAUUGACAUAAUCUACCUCAUACUGGUGGUCUACAUCAGCAUUAUCUACCUAAUGCUGGUGGUCUACGUUAUAAUAAUCUACCUUCUAUUCGUGGUCUACAUUAUCAUAAUCCACCUCAUACUGGUGGUCUACGUUAUCAUAGUCUACCUAAUACUGGUGGUCUACAUUAUCAUAGUCUACCUCCUACUGGUGGUCUACAUUAUCAUAGUCUACCUCCUACUGGUGGUCUACAUUAUCAUAGUCUACCUCCUACUGGUGGUCUACAUUAGCAUAGUCUACCUUCUACUGGAGGUCUACAUUGGCAUAAUCUACCAACUUAUACUGGUGGUUUACAUGAUCUUAAUCUACCUCCUACUGGUGGUCUACAUCAUCAUAGUCUACCUCCUACUGGUGGUCUACAUUGGCAUGAUUUUCCUUAUUCUGGUGGUCUACAUGAUCAUAAUCUACCUCAUACUGGUUUUCUGCAUCAUCAGAAUCAUCCUACUACUGGUGGUGUACAUGAUCCUAAUCUACCUAAUACUUGUGGUCUACAUGAUCAGAAUCUACCUCAUACUGAUGGUCUACAUUAUCAGAAUCUACCUACUACUGGUGGUCCACAUGAUCAUAAUCUACCUCAUACUGGGGGUCUACAUUAUCAUAGUCUACCUCCUACUGGUGGUCUACAUUACCAUAAUCUACUUCAUACUGGUGGUCUACAUUACCAUAAUCUACCUAAUACUGGUGGUCUACAUUGACAUAAUCUACCUCAUACUGGUGGUCUACAUCGGCAUAAUGUUCCUAAUGCUGGUGGUCUGCAUUAUCAUAAUCUACCUCCUACUGGUGGUCUACAUUGUCAUCAUAUACCUAAUACUUGUGGUCUACAUGAUCAUAAUCUACCUUCUAUUCGUGGUCCACAUUAUCAUAAUCCACCUCAUACUGUUGGUCUACAUGGUCAUAAUCUACCUAAUACUGGUGGUCUAUAUGAUCAGAAUCUACCUCCUACUGGUGGUCUACGUUGGCAUAAUUUACCUUCUCCUGGUGGUCUACAUUGGCAUAAUCUACCUCCUACUGGUGGUCUACAUUAUCAUAAUCUACCUUAUACUGGGGGUCCACAUGAUCAUGAUCUACCUCAUACUGCUGGUCCUAUUAUCAAAGUACAUUGGCAUAAUGUACCUCCUACUGGUGGUCUACAUGAUCAUAAUCUACCUAAUGCUGGUGGUCUACAUUAUCAUAAUUUACCUAAUACUGGUGGUCUACAUGAUCAUAAUCUACCUAAUGCUGGUGGUCUACAUUAUCAUAAUUUACCUCCUACUGGUGGUCUACAUUGGCAUAAUCUACCUAAUGCUGGUGGUCUACAUUAUCAUAAUCUACCUCAUACUGGUUGUCUACAUGAUCAUAAUCUACCUCAUACUGGUUGUCUACAUUAUCAUAAUCCACCUCAUACUGUUGGUCUACAUGGUCAUAAUCUACCUAAUACUGGUGGUCUAUAUGAUCAGAAUCUACCUCCUACUGGUGGUCUACGUUGGCAUAAUUUACCUUCUCCUGGUGGUCUACAUUGGCAUAAUCUACCUCCUACUGGUGGUCUACAUUAUCAUAAUCUACCUUAUACUGGUGGUCCACAUGAUCAUGAUCUACCUCAUACUGGUGGUCCUAUUAUCAAAGUCUACCUCCUACUGGAGUUCUACACUGGCAUAA